AUGAUUUGUCUGAUCAGAUUUUCGGUGAGUUGGGAGUGGAACAUUUGGUAGAGUUAAAUAAAAACUCGAAAAGUUAUUUUUCAAAAAAACUGUGUUAUUACUUGUCAAUAAAACUUUAACCGUAUUUCAGUCCGCUGCAAAUCCCCCAUCUCUUACUGAAAUCAAAAAUUUACAAAAUCGCGAACUCGACGAAAUCUUCGAAUCUACAAAAACUGCAAAUACACCAGAACCAGAUCCAAUUCCUUCAAACCUUGCAAAUUCUGUUGGAAACUCUAAUGGUAGAUAUAAUCGACCGGCAAGUGGUCCGAGAGAAGUUCCUAUAAAUCAUGGACAUGCUUUAGCUCCGGAACCUGUUCCGAUGAUGCCAGAUGGAUUUUCAGAUCUUGCACAACAAGGCGCAAAUGUUUUUGCAAAUGGCGCCACGGCUUUUUAUAGGUGAGUAAAAAAAAACAAAUUUCCAUGUUGAUGUAAAACAAUGGGUUGCAGAGGUGCUGCCACAGUUGGUCAAGCAUUCGGAAUUCCACAAGGAAAUUAUCAGAUGCCAUUUUUAUCACAGGCUGCACAAAUUUUUGGAAGAUGA